AUGAUGCGAGAGGCAUUCAUGGAGCUCGAAAGAACCAUCACCGUUUCCGAUCGAGCGCAGCUAAAACAUUUAUCGCUUGAAGAUGUUCAACAGGCUGCUCUCCAAGUCGAAAAGCAGCUUUCUGCAAGUCAGUCGCUGCGUAACAUGCGAAGAUUGUCACCUUUGUUCACCGGCUUGGGGUACUACUCACAAGCAAUCGAGGUUUUAUGCAAUGGAACGCCGUAUAUGCCUUGGUUGUGGGCGCCCAUUAAGCUUGUGUUGAAGAUAUCGGCCGAUUACAUCGAAGCUUUCGAGCAGAUCAUCAAGGUUUAUAGCAGGCUAGCUGAGCCCUUGGCUCGAUUCAGGUUAUUUGAUCGUUCGUUCUCAAACAACAUGGAGGUCCAAAACACAUUGGCAGUGUAUUACUCCGAUAUUCUCAAGUUUCACGGAGAAGUCUAUAAGUUUGUCCGGCGAAAUGCAUGGCAGCGCCUCUUUGCUACUUCCUGGGGACGGUUCCAACGACGGUUCGACAACAUAUUUGCCGAUUUAAAAGCACAUGAGGACCUCGUUGAUAAAACAGUUAAUGCGGCUAACGUAUCGGAGGCAAAGGAGAUGAGAGAGAAAUUAGAGGACUGGAGACAGCAAGAAAUGGCCAAAUUAAAAAAGGAAGAGGAGGAGCGUACAAGCACCGAAUUUCGAGCCGUCCUGAGUGUCUUGAAAGUCGACGAGACUCACCAGAUCAAAGUAUUUGAUAAUCUCAUCUCUGAAGCAAACCGAAACCCCGGAUCCUGCAGUUGGAUACUCCAGCAAUCAAAGAUUCGAUCGUGGGCAAGAUGCGAACGCGAUACUCAAUUCGUUGUGCUCCAUGGCUUCGUCGGGAGUGGUAAAAGUGUCUUGGCAGCACAAAUCGCGACUUUUCUCCGUGCUUCAGAGCAAUCUUUGGUAGCAGCGCAUUUCUGCACAUACCUUUACCCCGAAUCGACAGACUACAACUCCAUAAUGCGGUCUUUGAUGAUACAAAUCAUUCGUCUGGAUCCUGAACUCAUUACUCUGUCGUAUGACUGGUUGAUCUUGAAGAAGAAAGCCCCAAGCAACACAGUUGUUGAACAACUUCUACGCUUCUUAGUCGAGGCCAUGGGCGCCUUGCCAGAAAAGCAAAAGACCCUUCACAUUAUUGUUGACGGGCUAGAUGAAUGCGAUGAUAGCAUGUUUCUCUGGGCAAAACUCGUCAUGGAGUACAUAAAUAAGAAUCUUUUUUACCACCGCGAUGAGAUUUUGAAGGCAGCGAUUAGUCUUCCUCGGGAACUCGGCGAAUUCUACGGUCGGAUGUUAUCGCAGAUUAUGGCCAAUUUUGAUGAGAGAUCUGCUCAACGAAUCAGCGCCGUCCUAAGCUGGAUUGCAUUUGCAAAACGGCCGCUCCGCUUAGCAGAGCUUUUGUCUGCUUUAGCAUUUGAUACGAACCAAGAGCAAGUUGACGAGCUAGUGCCGGCGUAUAUUCUCGAUAGGUGCGAGCCUCUUAUCCAGAAGCAGGCCGACUCUUCUUAUUCGUUUGUCCAUGUGUCAGUUAGGGACUUUCUCCAGAGCUCUGAUACAGCACUCUUAGUCACGGACAUCGAGUCGCAAAGGCGACAUGGGCUAGCUACCAUUCGUUGUCUAUUGUCUGGUCAGCAACUCUUUGCUACCUCAUACUCAGACUCUGAAAGAAUCUUGAGAGUUCUCCGUGGACUUCACGGCUUCCACAUGUACGCUACCGAGUUCUGGACCGACUACCUCUUAGCAUCUCUUGAGUUUGGCCAAGCUCAGUUUUUCGAUUCCGAUUUCUUUGCAUUAUCUUGUCGUCUGGCAAAAAGCUUCACGGGUUCAAAACCUGAUUGCGAAGCCACGGAUAGUAGCCUAUCAGACCCACGGCUUGCUCUGAUUCGACAGAAGGAUUACCGCUUGUACAAAAUGGUCAAGGUGGUGCUCCUAGAACAAAACAAAGAGGCAUUAGAAGUGGUUUCAAUCCAUGAUGACACUGCAUGUAUACAGCACGAUGAUACGGCAAGCGAUGUCAUUACUUUAAAGAAGAGGUAUCAAGAAACGAUUCAAAAGCUACUAAAUUACUCGACUUAUCCCGGUGUCUCCUUUCAGCAGCUUGAACAAUUCAAACAAAACUUUCGAACUUCAGCGUUUACCUGUCGACUCUGGUCAUGUCCACAUGCUGCUCUGGGCUUCAAUAACAUUGACAGCCUCACUCGCCAUGAAGCGGAACAUUCAAAGCACAUUUGCCGCGUUCAGGGCUGUCAAUAUCCGGUGUUCACCUCGGCAAGGUUACUGAAGAAUCAUGUGGCAGAGCACCAUACCAGUCCUGAUCAACGACUGAAACGAAGCUCGAUCAGGAAACGUCCUGCGCUCGUGAACCCGUCCGGCCGCGACAAUGUCACCCACAUGAUCGAGGCGCCAGAAGAUGAGCCCUACGUGUACACAAUCAAGUGUAUCUGUUCUUGGUCUGGAGUCGAGGGAAACACAAUCCACUGCGAGAAUUGCGACACGUGGCAACACAUAGAUUGCUACUAUCCUGAGAACCCGGAGGAGGCGCUUCAGGUGGAUUUCCCUCAUUCUUGUAAAGACUGCAAGUCCCUCGAGCCCCUAUCACAGACCGCAACAAAGCGUUAUACAAAUGGUUCACAGCGCAGGAAUGCAGAUAUGCUGAAACAAAAGAACAUCGGUACGAAGUCCAACAUAGCCUCACUACUAAACGAUUCCCCCGGUGCUCGACCUGCGGACAUUCCCCCUCAAGCAAACACCCACAAGGCCCAAGCGAAUCCUCUUCCGCCUCCUCCUAUUCCUCCUAUUUCUCCUAUUGAGGCUCAGUUCUCCCAGAUGGCCCCGCAGAUGGCAUCGUACGACGCGGCCCCAAAACACUUUAUCGAUCCGAGUAUUCAGGAUUACCAAAUGGAACUAAUGCGGAAAGAGAGGCGGCAGCGAGAAAGUGAUGGGCUACACCAGACGGCCAUCGCUGCGCAGAAAAGCAGGCAAGAUGAAGAUGGGCGCCGACCUCUCAACAAUAACAAUCAGCCAGCUAGCGAACAGGGCCCAUCAAUUACGCUCACACAUUACGGCAGUGAAAUCGUCCCCAAACUCGACCGCACGAUGACUGACGUGUACGACGAUGAGUUUUACGAGGAUAAGACCGGAUGGACUACCGACAAUGGGAGUUUAAACGAUGAAUUCAAGUUGUUUAACGACGAUGAAUUGAAUCAUGAGGAUGACUUGUUUACCACCAACACAUCGUCCAACGCCUACGACUUGUUCAACGAUGAGUCGUCUCACGACGAUGCGUUCAAAUUGUUUAACGAGUUUUAUAACCCAAGUCUUACGACCAAUUCAUCGCCACAGACGAACCUGUCGACGGCUGAAUCUAGCGACGUCUUCAAUCAACGCAUCAGUGCCGCGAAUAGCCAGCGCCUCAACACCAUCCAGAACUCGCCCUCGUCGAGUACUUCCCAAGAUACUUCUCCCUACCGCCAGCAUCCUCCACUGCCUCCUUUGCCACUUCACGACUCGGCUUCACAGCCGCGAAUGUCCAGCCAAGGACGCAAUGCCCUCUACUACUAUAGAGAUCCUCUAGAUUAUAGAGAUCCUCGAGAUCCUCGAGACACCACUCCCCAACCACCACAGAAACCGGCGCGGAUUCAAGCAGCAGAACAGCAGCGGCUUAAAACCAGAUAUCAAAACGGCCUCCCACUUCCAAUUCCCCCCCAUCUAAAAGUCGAAGGCCCUCGUCCUCCACCUCCACCUCCACCUCCACCUCUACCUCCAACGCCGCCUUUAAAAGCUGCAGGCUUUCCGUCUACACUGCCAGAUUCCACUCCCGCAAACAAGAUACCAUACCCUUCUGUUAUAUUUCCUUAUGGUUUGAACCUGACUGCUUCUCCUCCACUAGCGCUGCCUCCUCUUGUGAAAAAUUUCCUCCGAGAGAGAACCUGCAACUUCUGUUUAUGGAAAAAGAUCAAGUGCGACGGCAUCAACCCUUGCGACAGCUGCGUUACGAACGGGCUUUUCUGUGCCUACAAGACAAUUUAUAACACGAACGAAGGAUGA